AUGGAUGCUGACCCAUCAACAAAGCAGGUAGUACCAAACAAAUCCAUAUCGAUGCCUGGAUUAAUAAUACGCACAAUUUCUUCUGCUGAAAACUGGUGUGAAAGAGAAUUUUGCAUGGCAAGUCAUAGAGUUGGACAGCAUGUUUUAUCAGAUUUGGGGCCCUCACAGCAUCAAGAUAUUUCAUAUGCUGUUCCUCACACGCUUCAUCUUCCUCCUAAUACAAGCUUCUUAAAUGAAGAAGGAUCUGCUUUUGAUUUUGAGGAGCCAGAGGGGACUAUUGGCCUGCAAAGAGUUAAGAUAAAUAAUGAUGAAGCAAAACAAACUUUUUACACAGUCAGGCAGCGUGCAGCAACUCUUGAAAUGUUCCCUUCUUGGCCUAUGAAAUUCCAUCACCCCCCAAGAGGAAGAUCAAAUUCUGGAGAAGACAGCGCCGAAUCAGACUCAGCACUGAAUACACUUGCAAGUAGAGGAGACACCACCACCACCACCACCGGCCACCGUCUUCAGCCACCGCAACCACCAGAAACUCAGCCACAAAUGGAGAUGGCCAGUUCAAGUGACAACCCUACAACAGGACUUACACAGUCUCAACUAGAAGCCAAACCAACUCCACCAAAGAGAAGGGGAGCUGGUUCUAAUUCAGAUAAAGUUUUAGAUGCUAAGACAUUAAGACGUUUAGCUCAAAAUAGGGAAGCAGCAAAAAAGAGCAGGCUCAGAAAAAAGGCAUAUAUACAGCAGCUAGAAUCAAGUAGGAUCAGGCUGGCUCAGCUAGAGCAGGACCUUCAGAGGGCAAGUUCACAGGGAUUUAUUAUAGGAGGAGGUGUUGCAGGUGGGAACAUCAGCUCUGGUGCUGCACUAUUUGACAUGGAGUAUGCAAGAUGGUUAGAUGAUGACCAUAGGCAUAUGUCUGAACUUCAAACCGCAUUGCAGGCACAUUUAUCAGAUGGUGAUCUACGUAUCAUUGUUGAUAAAUACAUUGCGCAUUAUGAUGAGAUUUUUUGCCUUAAAGAGGUUGGUGCUCUAUCUGAUGCCAUUCACCUCAUCACCGGGAUGUGGGCUACGCCUGCUGAACGUUGUUUUCUGUGGAUGGGCGGGUUUCGCCCCUCUGACCUAAUUAAGAUGUUAAUAGCACAAUUAGACACGUUAACUGAGCACCAGGUUGUCGGGAUUUACAGCCUCCAACAAUCUUCACAACAGGCAGAAGAGGCUCUUUCCCAGGGAUUGGAACAACUUCAUCAAUCUUUAAUCAGUACCAUAGCCAGUGGUUCUGUUAAUGAUAGCAUGCAUCACAUGGCUGUUGCAUUUGGCAAGCUGACCAGUCUCGAACGUUUCGUUCGUCAAGCUGAUCAUUUAAGACAACAAAUACUUCAUCAACUGCGACACAUAUUGACAAUCAGACAAGCAGCACGAUGUUUUCUGGUGAUCGGAGAGUACUAUGGUCGAUUACGAACCCUAAGUUCCUUGUGGGCAUCUCAUCCUAGAGAGAAUUUCAUUGCUGAUGAUAAUUCUUGCCAAACGAGUACGGAUUUGCAGAUGGUAUUGUCUUCACGGAACCAGUUUUCAAAUUUCUGA